AUGAAUAAAUUUUUAUCAAAAUCAUUCACAUAACUUCGUUGUUAUUGGGUUUCUAAGUCUUAUAAUACAUCUUAAGAAAUCUAAAUUUGUAGUUCAAGAUUAGAUUUAACUCGUGAUGAUUUAUAACCAGAUGAGUUGACAACUUUGAUAUGUACAUAAUUAGAUCCAAUUAAAUUAAUUGAUAUCUACAAUAGAUACAAAUAUUCAUUUACAGAACGUCAUUUAUUAUAGAGUUUAAAAAUUACCGCUAAAAUGCAAGGAAUGUAUAAUUUACCAGUUCAUGAUCAUUAUUUUAAUGAAUCCUAUUAAAAUCUAAUAAGACAAUUCAAUUAAUAUAUAUCUACUUUAAAUAAUUUAGAUCUAGGAGACUUUAUAUAUUGGUAUAAGAAACUCUUUUAUGAUAAUUUAAGUGUAGGAUUCUUAAAUUCAGUCGAUGUUAAAUAAUUGUAAUAGAUUAUUAAAAAAUACAUUGAGGAUAAUUAGUUUCUACCAAGAUAAUUAAACAUGAUCUAUGAAUGUGUUGACAUGAUUUUUCCAAAUGAUGAAAUCUUAAGUAAACUUUAUAUUGAUUAUGUAUUUUCAACCAAUGAAAUUACAGUUGUAUAACUUAUGCAAUUUCUUACUUCUAUAAAUAAGAAAUUUAUAAUAAAGAAAAGAGUAGAUCUUUAUUGUAUUUUAUAAGUAUUGAAUUACUCUAAAAAUGUAUGUAAGAGUUUUGAUGUUGAUUAAUAUGCAUUUAUGACUAAAACUUUUGUAAAUAUGAGACUAAAAUAUCAUAUAACAGAAAAAUAGUAUUUAGAAUAAAUAGAAGACAAAUUUGAAGCUACAAAAUAGAAUGUCAAAUAUUUAGAAUCAGGUUCUAUUAUUGCCAUCUUAUAAAAUUGUAAAUAUUAAAAUCCUGAAGAAUCUAGAUCACUAUUACUUCUUAUUCAUGAAUAAGUUUAAUAAAUGUUAUAAAAAUAUGAAGAUAAAUAAAGUAGUCUUAAUUUUGAUUUCUUAAUUUAAUAUUUAUAGAAUGUGAUAUUUGCUGAUUAUAUAGACAAUAACGAUAUUCUUAAACUUGAAUUAGUUUGCUUAAAUUUGCUUAAGGAAAAUUUCAAUAUAACUAAUGUUUACUAAAUGUCAUUGUACUAUUUAGAAAAAAAGAAAAAAUGUGAACCAUUUGCAGAAUAUUUGAAAAUUGUUCUUAAUAAUCUAAGCAUGUAGAAUAUUAAUUUAAACAUUAAAAAUCUAUUGUAUCUUCAUUUUAUAUGUGAAAUUGAUAUAUCUUAAUUUUUAAGAAAACUCAACAAUCAAAAUUUCUCAAAUUAACAAAUAGAUAAUUAUGAUGAUGUUUAAUUAUCUAAGACAUCUAUUCUUAAUAUGGUUAUAUUAUUUGAUGAAUAUCCAUAAAUACCUCUUCCUGAAUUUAUAGCUAAUUAAUUUUAUAAAAUGGGAUCUAUGCCACUAUUAUUAGCUUUAUGUAAUUGUCAAUAUUUCAGUCCAAGAAUGAGAACAUUAUAUACUUAAAAAUUAUAAAAUUUAAGAGGUGAAGGAAGGCUUGAUAAACGUUUUAGAUAGAAUAUUUUAGAAUCCAUAAAAACUGAAGAAGAUGCUUUUCACUUAUUUAAAUGGUUUUUUUAAAGCAAUAAAUUUUAAUUAAAUAUAGCCUUACUUUAAGUUCUUAUAUCAAAUGAAAAUAUUAAUGUAAAUUAUUUUAUAUGAUUAAAGUAUAGAUCACUAAGCCUUAAGCAUACUUUUUAUAUUUAGUAAUUAAAAGUUCUAUUGAUGAUUUAGAUAUGGAAAUAAUAAUAAAUGAAUUAAUUUAUCAAACUAGAUUUUUUGAUUUUCUAUUGGAAAUAGAUUAAUAAAUAAUUAAUAAAAUACUUGAAUAGUCUUAUAAAUUUAAUGAUGGAUAAGGCACAGCAAUUAUGAUUUAAUUACUAGAAUAAAAAUUUCCAGGUAAUUUGAAACAAUUCAAAAUUCCUUAACACUUAAUGUUAAAUUAUUAAUGUCUGGAAUAAUACGAUACAAAUUUCAUUUUAAUGAUGAUUAAAUAUCAUUGUUAUCCUUUGAAGGAUAGUUUAAAGAUUUUUAAUAAUUUAAUUAAUUUUUAAUAAAAUGAAUUAAGACUAUUCAUACUCUAUUUAGAAAUGAGUUAAACAAUAGGAUUAGAAAAGAUGCAUUCCUAUAUUUUAAAACAAAUAAAAAAACUCAAUGAAACCUAUAUAAUAUAAAUAUAAUGA